UCCGUGCCUGGCACCAUUGCUUCUGCCUUGUCUGCCGAGAUCGUUUGCGUCUCGCUGCUCAGCGCAAUCCAUGUUUCGGUUUUUUUUUUAUGACAGAGAUUCUACCAGUUUCGCCAGGUAGCUCAUGGAGUCGCCACGCUCCCGUCGCGUCCUUAGCCGCGCUGAAUCGUUCGUAUCGUUCUUCCGCCGUCUCGCGUCCAAUCUAACGUUCAGCUGGGUGAAUCCCCUCGUCGCUCUUGGCGCUCAACGCCAGUUGUCACCCAGAGAUUUGCUGCCUCUGCCUCCUGACGUGGAGCCACAAGUGUGUGGUCAGCUCCUGUGGUCGCGAUGGGAGGAGGAACGAGCAGCAGGCGAUGAUGCAAUGCGCGGAUUUCGCAGCGAAGGAGAGACGAGUAGUGCAUCAGGAGAACCAUCUCGUUCGGACCAUCUUGGCGGUCUUGCAGAUUCCGCUCUGGACGGACCGUCGCGAGCCACUCAACGGGGGCCGCCGUCGCUGCUGCGAUGCUUGGUGGCAAUUUUCGGCGCGGAAUACAUCAUGGUCGGCGGAAUCAAGCUCGUGAACGAUGCUCUGGCAUUCGCCGGCCCGCUGCUGCUGCACCACCUCCUCGCCUUCCUUGACCGCAGCCCCACCCACGCACACGCACUCCAGCAUGCUGCUCUGCACACGCGCAGCACAGUUGUGGGCGCAGCAGGGGCGACAGCAGUGCCUGCAGUGUCUGCUGCAGCCAUGCCAUGGUCGUACGGCCUGGCAUGCGCCCUCGCCAUCGGUGCCACGUCCGCCCUCAGGGCCUUCCUAGGCGCGCACUACUCGUACCGCCUGGCUCGCAUGGGGCUCAAGCUGCGAGCAGCCAUCACCACGUGCGUCUUUGCCAAGGUGCUGGCAGUGAGUGUGGCGCAGAGGGGAUCAUUUGAGGGCGGCGAGGUGCAGACACUCAUGAGCGUCGACGCUGACAGGCUCGUCAACCUCGUUAUGUCCCUGCAUGACCUGUGGGGUCUGCCUCUUCAGAUUCUUGUGGCGCUGCUGCUGCUCUACUGGCAGGUGAGUUACGCCUUUCUGGCUGGCCUUGCUGUUGUUCUCCUCCUCAUCCCAGUGAACCGGUGGCUAGCGGAUCGCAUAGGAGCAGCGAGCAAGCAGAUGAUGGCCAGCAAGGACGCCAGGGUGCAGGCGAUGCAGGAGCUGUUGGACCACAUGGCGUCAGUGCGGGCCAUGGCCAUGGAGGGCGCUGUGCUCAAGCGCGUCAACGCUGCCAGGCGGCAGGAGCUGUCAGCGCUAGCGGUGCGCAAGUACCUGGACGCGUGGUGUGUGUAUUUCUGGGCGUGUACGCCCGUGCUCUUCUCCCUCUCCACCUUCUCCUCGCUCCUCCUCAUCGGCCGCUCCCUCAACGCCCCCGUGGUGUUCACGAGCCUGGCGCUCUUCAACGUUCUCCUCGGCCCCCUCAACUCCUUCCCCUGGGUUAUCAACGGCAUUGUCGAGGCGCUCAUCUCUGUGCAUCGCCUGGAGGCUUUUCUCUGCAUCCCCACGACACCCACUGCCUCAUUCGCCUCUGCCUUCACCUCCUCCUCGUCUCCCUCACCCCCACACACCUCCUCCUCUUCCCCCACACCAUCCCCUACCACCGCACCGGAUCCCAGCAGCAGCUCCAAGGCACCCAGAAGCAGUCUACUGCAUGCCCUCUUCCCCGUCCUCCACCACCUCCCCUCCUCAUCUCCGCCCCUCCAUUCCUCCCCCGCAACCUCACCUCUCACAACACCCCUACUCGGGCCCCCCACUGCCACACUGGAGCAGGAGAGGGACGGACAGGCAGCAGGCUGUGAGAUGGAUGGUGAGGCGCAGAGCAUGGCUUUCGAUGCAGUGCAGCCGUCCCCACCCCUGGCAGUGCACGUGUGUGGACUCAGCUUCUCCUGGCAUGCUCCCACCAGCGCUGGCAGCCAGGGUUUAGACCAGAUGACGGGGGCAAGUGCAGCAGACGACGGCUUAGCUGUGGACGGUCGUGCAGGCAGCUGCAGCACUAGGGGUGAGGACAGCAGGAGCACCAGAGGGAGCAGCAGAGGGAGCAGCAGGGGCAGUCAGCACAGCAUUGCCUUGCACAACAUAUGGCUGGACGUGCCAGAGGGGGCGGUUGUGGCCAUCGUGGGCAAGGUGGGCAGUGGGAAGUCGUCUCUGCUUGCUGCCAUUCUGGGGGAGAUGCAACCUGUGACAGUACAUGCCAUGCCGUGCACGCACACGCAUGGUGCAGGGCAUGGGAAGGCAUGUGCGCACGGCACGUAUCGCUCGCCCCGCUCUGCUGCUGUAUUGCAGGAGCCAUGGGUGUUUUCUGGCAGCAUUCGGGAAAAUGUGCUGUUCGGGGCUGCAUGGGACCCCACCAGGUACCAGCAGGUGCUACAGGCAUGUGCGCUGCAUGAGGACACAGCGGGCAUGGUGGGGGGAGAUGAUGCCAGUGUGGGGGACAGGGGGCUCAACCUCUCAGGGGGGCAGCGAGCAAGACUGGCUCUGGCCAGAGCCCUCUACUCCUCGGCUGACCUGCUGCUGCUAGAUGACCCGCUCUCAGCGCUGGACGCCCGUGUGGCACGCCACGUCAGCGAUGUCGCCCUCUUUGGGCCUAUCGCAAAGGGCCGCACCAUCCUUCUCUGCACGCACUCGCCCCGGGCAGUGCAGCGAUCAUCUCUGGUGGUCGUGAUGCAGCAAGGCAGGAUUGUCCAUGUGGCACCUCCAGGUGUCCACGUGGCACCUUCUAAUUCAGUGGAAGAGAUUGGAGCGUGCAUGGAUGACGGCACAAGCAGGAUUGUCCACGUGGAUGGCGCGUGCAUGGAUGAUGACACACGCAGUCUGCUGGUUAAGCUGCUGGGCCAGCAACGAGGGGAACACUGUGGGAUGAGGGAUGGGCGGGAGGGGGGAGACGAGUCUAUUGGGGGGCCGGGCGAUGGGGUUGAAACGAGGGAGGUGGGGGUGCAGGAGAGGGAGGGGGCAGGGCAGGCUUCUGUGGAGUCACACAAUUGUCCCACCACAGAAAGUCAAAUCGUGGGUGGUGCGGCUGCCGUUCCAACGGCUGCUGCUGCUGCUGCUGCUGCUGCCGUCGGUACAGAGGGUAGACAGGAGGAAGGGGGCCCUUGUUCAAAGGGCCCAGUAAGGGAUGCCCCAGAAUGCAGCAGGGAGGGAGAGGAGCAGCAGGCAAAUGCGCCAUUGGAAGAGGAGGAGAAGAGGGAGUCCGGAUCAGUGCAGCUCUCAGUAUAUUGGCGCUACUGCGCUGCGGUGGGGUGGCCUCUGCUGGCGCUUGUGCUGGCCAGCUUGGCUCUCAUGCAGGCGUCUCGCAACGGCGCUGACGUCACCCUCUCCCUCUGGACCGAUGCUGUUCAGGGCCCCGGCUCCGAAGCAGCAGCGAACGCAUUCUACCUGCGCCUGUUCGCCCUGAUUGCGCUGCUCAACUCGCUCUUCACGCUCCUCCGCGCCUUCUCCUUCGCGCUCGCUGGCAUGACCGCAGCGCACCGCGUGCACCACGCGCUGCUCGCUGCUGUCGUCCGCGCGCCCAUGGCGUUCUUCGAUGUCAACCCCUCGGGGAGAAUCAUCAACAGGUUCUCAUCUGACCUGUACACGGUGGACGACUCGCUGCCUUUCAUCGCCAACAUCCUGCUCGCCAACGCCUUCAGCCUCACGGGGAUCGCCGUGCUGCUCGUGUACACUCAGUGGUCGUUUCUGCUCCUACUGCUGCCCCUCGCCUACAUCUACUCCAUCAUUCAGCGUCUCUACCGGCAGUCGUCACGGGAGCUGCGGCGGCUGGACAGCACAGCCAGGUCGCCCGUGUAUGCCGCCUUCUCCCUCCUGCUGCACGGCGCCCCCACCAUCCGCGCCUUCUCCAACCAGGAGCACACCAUGCGGGGCGCAACGAGGCUCAUGGCGAGCAGCCAGCAGGCGUCCUUUUCCGAGAUGGCGGCCUCCCAGUGGCUCUCCGUGCGCCUGCAGCUGAUGGCAGCAGUGGUUGUCACAUUUGUUAGUGUCACGGGCAUCAUUACAGGCCGCUCGCUUCCAAAGCUCUUCCUGCCCGGCAACACGGCGCACCAAGCCCUUCCACUCUCCCCUCCUGCGGAUUCUCACCUUCCCAUUCCUGCUCCUCACCUGCUGGUCCCUGGGGGCAACACCUCCCCUGCUUUCUCUUUUGCGCCUGAUCCAGCAUCAGCCAACAUUACCCCAUGCUUUUCCAACUCCGCCCACCCUCUCCUCCCAGCGCUCCAGUCAUUCUCGCUCCCCGCCCUCCCCUCCAUCCCUCAUCACCUCUCAUCCCCGCAAUCUUCUGCUGGCUCGAGCUUUUCACUCUCGCUUGCUACUUGGCUGGCGUUGCGCCCAGGCAACCGGUCAGGUGCAUGGGCAGGCAUGUGUUCAGCAGCAGAUACAUCUGACCGUGCACGGGGCUUGCUGCAGGAACUCAGCAGCAUGCCGGUCAUAAGCAGCAUUAUCGCUUUGCUUCGACGGCUGUUCUCGCUAUCUCUCUUCUCCCCGAUCCGCCUCUUUGGAUCUGCCAUGACAACAGCAGUCUCCUCUGGAUUGCUGGGCCUGGCGCUGGCGUACACGCUGCCCAUAGUGUCGCUGCUGAACGGCACGCUCACCUCGCUGGCCGACACUGAGAAGGACAUGGUGGCCGUGGAGCGAGUGCAGGAGUACCUGGAUCUGCAGCACGAGCCUGACACCUUGGCGCCACGUCCUCUCACUGCUGCACGGGAGGAGGAGGGGAAGGGUGGAGGAGACGCGGGGCAUGCGGAGGGGCCAGGAGAGGGUGCAGCAGAGGUGGAAGGGGAGGAGUGGCCAAGGGAGGGGAGUGUGGAGUUCCAGCAUGUGAGCAUGGCGUAUCGACCAGGGCUCCCUCUUGCGCUCUCAGAAGUCAAUUUUUACAUCCCAGGGGGCUCUCAGGUGGGCAUAGCAGGUCGCACAGGAGCAGGCAAGUCCUCCCUACUGGCCGCUCUCUUCCGCCUACGGCCCCUCACUCCACCCUCCACCACCGUCACCAAAGCCACCAGCAGCAGCAGCACUAGCGGCACGAGCACCACCACGCAACCACGUCACAGCAGCAGCGCGAGUGGCAUAUUCAUCGAUGGCGUGGACACGGCGCGUGUCAGCCUUUCCGCUCUGCGCACUGCCCUCGCCAUCAUCCCACAGACGCCCCUCAUCUUCCACGCCCCUAUCAGAGACAAUUUGGAUCCAGAGGGGAAGCACGCUGACGUGGCAUUGUGGGAGGCUGUGAGGAAGUGCCACCUGGAGGCAGCAGUGGGGCGGUUGGGAGGGCUGGAUGCAAUGGUGGGUGGGGCGGCAGGUCGGCUGUCACUAGGAGAGAGGCAGCUGCUGUGCCUGGCUCGAGUUAUGCUCAGGAAAUCCAAGGUGCUGUGUUUGGAUGAAUGCACGGCCAACAUUGAUGGAGCCACCAGUGCGCUCAUGCAUGCCACCAUAGCUCGGGAGUUCCAUGGCAUCACCACCAUCACCAUUGCGCACCGAGUCUCGUCACUACUCUCCCUUCCCCGAGUCCUCAUCUUUGAGGCUGGAGCUCUUGCUGAAGAUGGCGAUCCGAAGAACCUCUUGGUUAACCCAGAUUCCAGAUUCUCAUCGCUCUUCAGAGCAUCUAUAUAACAUGAGACAGAGCUGUUUAUGAAAACAUAGAUGUACAGCAUUUGCACUCUGACACCAAAAUUUGGAGGCUGGGAGCAGCCCGCUCCUAGUUACAGCCUAAUGAAGGUGGGUGUGCAUGUACAGAGACUAUGGUAAAGUGAGCAUCAAUAUACAGAAGAAUGAGCU